UACACUUCCGAUUUGCGCGCGCACCUCUCCUACUUCCUUUUCACAUUGCCAGCCAAAAUGGCACAUCAGGUUUCCAAGAAAAGGAAGUUUGUGGCUGAUGGAAUAUUCAAGGCCGAAUUGAAUGAGUUCCUGACUCGGGAGCUGGCCGAGGAUGGCUACAGUGGCGUGGAGGUCCGUGUGACCCCAACCAGGACUGAGAUCAUCAUCCUGGCCACCAGGACACAGAACGUGCUGGGCGAGAAGGGCAGGAGGAUCCGGGAGCUCACCUCGGUGGUCCAGAAGAGGUUCAACUUCCCUGAAGGGACUGUUGAAUUGUAUGCUGAGAAAGUUGCCACUCGUGGUUUGUGCGCCAUUGCUCAGUGUGAGUCACUUCGAUACAAGCUGAUUGGAGGACUUGCCGUCAGGAGAGCCUGCUAUGGUGUGCUGCGAUUCAUCAUGGAGAGCGGUGCCAAGGGUUGCGAGGUUGUCGUGUCUGGCAAACUGAGAGGUCAGAGAGCAAAGUCCAUGAAGUUCGUUGAUGGUUUGAUGAUCCACAGUGGUGAACCUCUGAAUGAUUACGUGGACACAGCUGUCAGGCACGUCCUGCUCCGACAAGGUGUGUUGGGUAUCAAGGUAAAAAUCAUGUUGCCCUGGGAUCCAACUGGAAAGAUUGGACCACGUCGCCCCCUCCCCGAUCACGUCAGCAUCGUUGAGCCCAAGGAUGAGCCUGCCCCAGCUCAACCUUACAGUGAGCAGAAGGGAGCUAAGCCCUCAGCAGAUGCUGCUCCAGCACCACCUAUUGUGUAAUAAGAAAGAUGCUGUUAUCACGUUGACAGUAAGACAUGUAAAAAGCUCCUGUGAAAAUAAAUCUUGGGGAUUA